GUAGUAGCUUAAUGUCUUACGCGAAACCAACAGCAUGUCUUGGCUUGCCAGUGCAAAAUGGAUUGUGCCGCUGUUCAUCCUGGUGAAGCUGGUGAUGUGCCGGUACGUGGAUAUUGGUUCUCCGGUGCUCGACUGCGUCCGUAUGCGCAACGAUAAGUGGCGGGCGUUGGUGUUUGGAACAGGACACUACCAUACCGAUGACAACCAACGCUUCGUGGGCACGUGGGUUCAUACGGGAACACCGUUUAAUUCCGCGUUCAAAAUUGAACGCAUUACAAAGUACCCGGAGCCUCUUUACUUUAUAAAAAUGAUCAACACCCAGGAGUACAUUAUGGGAGGACCCUUAACUACAACGUCCGAAUCUCGCAUUCCCAUAUUCUCGAACCACAAGAAUGUGAACACUACACGCGAUCACGAUGGUGUUUUUGGUUUUGAAAAGGCCAAAGACGAGCGGGGAGCAUACAACGGGGCAUACUACCUAAAGGUCGUGCAUUACGACCACUACGUUAUUGGAUCGCAUUCCCAGGCUGAUCCACCCGCAGGAGCGGAUGGGUUUUACCUGCUUCAGAUGGACCGCAGAUACCAGCCCACGAUGACGAGAGAGCACAUGUUUUGGAUCGAACAGUGCUCGUAACAAUUAUUAGCUUUA